UCAGCAGAGUUCCAGGCUAAUGUGUGUUCCUCCUUUGUAAGAGCCAGGCUUUUGCUCCAACUCAUCAAACCUCAGCAGAUCUCCUUUGCCUUGGAAAAGAACUUAAAAGCUCAGAAAGAAAUUGAAGAUGGAGUGAAAGCCUUUGGCUUUGAGGAAGAAACUUUACUUUUGAUCUCUGAGAUUAUGGGAGAGGAUAUCGUUCCAGAUAAAGUCAAAGAUGAAGGUCACACUGAAGCGAAUGUGUCGGCUCUGCGGCUCUGGAUGCCUUAGUCAUUGCAUCUGUAAAAUAAUUUGAAGACAGGUGGUUCAGAAAGAUCGAAGAGCGUACCAGGGCUUUUGAAAAUUGGGGCCGCUAGUAGGUAGGCAUUUCAACCUAGCACCAAUUUUAAAAAUUCUGGCUUCUGUUUGGCUUUUGUGGGGGUAUUUAUUUCAGGCAGAAAUUGUGGCUAAUAAGAGAUGUACUGAAUUAAAUUGGUUCUUUGUGACGUCUA